AUUGUGCUAUUUAACAUUUCUGUUGACCCGUCUGUCUGUCGCUAAUGUAAUAUUUUAAUAAUGCGUCUUCAAUUUACGAGCAGACAAUGGUCUACGGUUGUUGUGAUAUCAAUCGCAGAUUUUUGCAACGCGAUAUGUGUUGCGUUGCAGGCACCGUUCUUUCCCCAAGAGGCAGAGAAGAAAGGUUGUUCGGCGACAGAAUAUGGCCUCGUUUUCGGUGUGUUCGAGCUAGUUGUCUUUGCUGUGAGUCCUUUGUACGGAGCCCAUUUGAACCGGCUGGGACCUAAGGUUGUCUUCAAUGCGGGAAUAUUAACCACGUCGAUUUGUGCUAUAAUGUUUGGGUUUUUAGACAAAGUUGAGGGUCACAUACCAUUUGUAACUCUGGCGUUCGCAAUUAGAAUUAUAGAGGCAUUGGGAAAUGCGGCCUUUCUUACUGCGUCCUUUGCUAUUAUUGCGAAAGAGUUCCCGAAUAAUGUGGCAACCAUGUUUGCGUCGUUAGAAACAUUUUUUGGGCUAGGUCUCAUCGCAGGCCCCAUGAUAGGAGGGGCCCUGUACAGCUGGGGUGGUUACUGUUUGCCUUUCGCAGUGCUUGGGUUUACACUUCUUUGCACUGCCCUGCUGUGUUACGUCACGCUGCCGAAGUCAGCUGACGACGAAGAUGUUAGACCAACUGGACCAUCGAUGAUGAAUCUUCUACGAGUUCCUGGCGUGCUGUUAGCGGCCAUCACCAUCAUCUCCACCAGCAUGAGCAUAGGAUUUUUACAAGCGACGUUAGAACCGCACUUACGACAGUUCAACUUUUCGCCGGUGAUACUCGGGGUGAUAUUCAUAAUAAACGGUGGUAUAUACGCGCUGUCAGCUCCGGGCUGGGGCUGGCUGUGUGACCAUCACUCCGUCAAGGCGAAGGUGGUCACCGUCAUCGGUCACGUGUUCGUUGUCGCUGCUUUCCUAUUGGUCGGACCUGCGCCCUUUUUUGAUAUGCCCACAACGCUUUGGGUAACUAUUCUUGGGUUGGUACUCCACGGCUUUGGCAUGGGAAGUCUUCUUGUGUCGUCGUUCUCAGAUGCUCUUGGAACUGCAAUUUCGAGUGGCUUGCCAAACUCAAUAGAAACUUAUGGCCUAGUUUCUGGUAUGUGGACAUCAACGUUCGCUCUUGGCGCCUUCUUCGGCCCGAGCAUUGCAGGCUUGCUGUUUGACUCAAUCGGCUUCAGAUGUGCAACGCUUUUUAUAUCUGUUCUACAUGUUAUAACGAUGCUGCUGGUAAUAAUAUACAUAUGUAUCUGCGAUCGACCCAGAAUGGAGGUAUCAGUGUCGGCGGGAGACCUUCUUCAGAUCGAUGGAACCUUGGACGAGAGUGUGCUUAUCGGAGAGAAGUAUUUACCCACUACGAGACCUAAGAGCCGUCGCUUCGGUAUAACUGUGGAACAAUCUCGACCUCCUGCCAUGAACAGUCUGAUAGCGUGCUCCAGCUUCAAGAACCGCCGUAGUCCCUGGUCCCAGCGAACCCCGCGCUACCGGCCCUCCUAUGGCAGCCUCGACACUAGGUUUAGAGGAACUGUCUCCAUCACGUAGGACAUUGGCCUAAAAGUCCGUAUUUUAUAUAGUCUAGAUAUUAACAAUUGCUGAAAUCAGUUUGUUCACGUUUCUUAAGGGCAUAGAUCUAUGUUAUUAAUAAAUUCGAAAGUAAAGUUAUUCCAAAUGUGAGACUUUUAUGUUCGUCACUACAGAUUUACAUGAAAGGGAGAAGUAAUUUUAAACUUGGAGUUACUUUACACUACGUUUAUUAAUAGGACAGCAUGAGCGUAGCUUUACUGUAAAGAAUGAAUGAAUGAAUGAAUUAAAAUACUAUAUUCAAGUUAAAAAAAUAUUUUACUCAUUGCACAAAAGCUUAUCGCUUACCCUGGUAACCUUAAGUUGUAGAAGAUUUCAUUUAAAAAACUUGACUAGCCCGUUAUACCUUUCACCACAAUACAUUUUUUUUUUUUCAAUUUGCGACUAUAUUAAUCAAUUAAGUGAAAAUAUUUUCUAGUAAUGUAUUUUUUUAAUAUUUUAUAUUUCGUUGUUUAGUAUUAAAACGUUAUUACAGUAGACAGUUUUGCAUAUUUUUUGUACUGAGAACAUGUAGUCAUGUUUCAGAUAUUUAUAGUGUGAUAAAGUAACAAGAAGAGCAUGACUUAACUUGAUUAGUGAUACGCCCUGCCUAUUACAAUCAAAGGCCGCUCAUGAUUCAACAACCAGUGGGAGGCUCCUUUGCACAGGAAGCCGGCUAGGUUAUGGGUAUCACAACGGCGCCUAUUUCUGCUGUAAAGCAGUAAUGUGUAAACAUUACUGUGUUUAGGUCUGAAGGGCGCCGUAGCUAGUGAAAUUACUGGGCAAAUGAGACUUAUCUUAUGUCUCAAAUUUUUUUCACUCAGAAUUUUUAGGUUUUUCAAGAAUCCUGAGCGCCAUUGCAAUGUAAUGGGUAGAGCGUAUCAAUUACCAUGAGCUGAACGUCCUGCUCGUCUCGUCCUUUAUUUUCAUAAAAAUAAGCAAUAUUCAAGGCGACACCAAUUAAUGCCAGCGACCUUGAGUGAUAGCAGUUCAUUUAACGGCUACCCGCCCGCCAUCUAUGUAACAAAAUAGUAAAACAAAGUAAACCUGAACCUAAUAUAAAUAGGUCAAAACUAAUAAUACCACACGCGCUCUAAUAGGUGAAGGUAGGCAGACACUCUGUAUGUGCAAGUGUAAGGUCUGGCAACGUCGCAGUUCGAAUAUCAUCUUUAGCAAAGCAUAAUGAAGCGCCUGAUCAUAUUCUCGAGCAAAAUUCUUGCGUGUAAUUUUUGUAAUAUUUUAACGGGCGCAAACAGUUUAUACGUUUACAAUCCUUGUUAUUGAUUACUAAUCUAAAUAAAUGUACCUACACAAAAAAGUAUAAGCUGUAAGUAUAGCACUUAUCUGAGUUUCGUACAAAACAAAUGUGCCUUUUCGAGAAAAAACCAGUUCAACUAUAAUGAAAAAUGGUAGUUGAAAUACCUCUGGAGUGUUAACUUUAACCAAUAGCAAGGAUUGACAACCUACAAAAAAGACUUAAGGGUAUGUGUAACUAUAUAUAUAUACUAUAUUUUCACCAUAAAACUUGCCUUAAAACUACUGCUGCGUCACAGCACUCACGGCUUACCAGUAAUAAAGCUAGUACAUGCGCCCUUCAAACAGAAACAAUAAUACUCUAACAUUACUAUUUAAUGAGAAACAGAGAAAAAGCACAUUUUAUUUGAAGGUAAGCCCUUAAAAAAUAAAGAGUGAAGACGACGAUAAUCAGAUUAAUUACUACCUAAUGAUGAUUUAGUUGUCGACUUAAUUGAGGAUUGUCUAGUGUUAUAAUAUCUUAAGUUAAAAUAAUGCAUUUAUAUGUUGUUAGAUAAUUUGUGAAUUGACUUUUUCUUGAAUUAUUAACUAUCAUAUCUAUAAAUACAUCACCAUACAGCAUUUAAAAAAUGUUAUGAAAUAUCU